AUGGGGCUGAAGGCGCGGCGCGGCGCGGCGGGCGGUAGCGCGGCCGGCGGGGCGGCGGCGGCGGCGGGGCGGCGAGCGGCGGCCGGCGGCGACCCCGAGCAGGGCUCGCUGGCCCUGGGCACCGGCGGCGACCGCGACGGGACGCUGCUGCUGGAGGGCGGCGGGAAAGAGGAGGGCGGCAAGCGGAGCCCGCCGGGACUGGGGCUGCUGGCGAAGACCCCCCUGAGCCGCCCGGUGAAGCGGAACCACGCCAGGUACCGCCGCAUCCAAACUUUGAUCUACGACGCCCUGGAACGACCCCGCGGCUGGGCGCUGCUCUAUCACGCCUUCGUAUUUCUGAUUGUUUUGGGGUGUUUGAUCUUAGCAGUCCUGACAACUUUCAAGGAGUAUGAAACAGUUUCUGGAGACUGGCUCCUCUUGCUGGAGACUUUUGCCAUUUUCAUCUUUGGAGCAGAGUUUGCCUUAAGAAUCUGGGCUGCUGGCUGUUGCUGUCGCUACAAAGGAUGGAGGGGGAGACUCAAAUUUGCCAGAAAGCCUUUGUGCAUGCUGGAUAUCUUUGUGCUGAUUGCUUCAGUGCCAGUGGUUGCUGUUGGGAACCAGGGCAAUGUUCUGGCAACGUCUCUCAGAAGCCUCCGCUUCCUUCAGAUCCUACGGAUGCUCCGCAUGGACAGGCGGGGUGGCACAUGGAAACUUUUGGGAUCAGCUAUUUGUGCACACAGCAAAGAACUCAUCACUGCUUGGUACAUUGGGUUCCUGACACUCAUCUUAUCCUCAUUUCUUGUUUAUCUGGUUGAAAAAGAUGUUCCUGAAAAAGACGCUAAUGGGGUGGAGAUGAAAGAGGAGUUUGAAACCUAUGCAGAUGCUCUGUGGUGGGGGCUGAUCACCCUCGCUACGAUUGGAUACGGUGACAAAACCCCUAAAACAUGGGAGGGACGGCUGAUUGCAGCUACAUUCUCUCUCAUUGGAGUGUCUUUCUUUGCUCUUCCUGCAGGCAUUUUGGGGUCAGGGCUGGCUCUGAAGGUCCAGGAGCAGCAUCGCCAAAAACAUUUUGAGAAAAGAAGAAAGCCAGCAGCUGAGCUCAUUCAGGCUGCCUGGAGAUACUAUGCUACUAACCCCAACAGGAUUGAUUUAGUUGCUACCUGGAGGUUUUAUGAAUCAAUUGUAUCAUUUCCAUUUUUCAGGAAAGAGCAAUUGGAUGGUACUGCCAGCCAAAAGCUGGGUCUCUUGGAUCGGGUUCGUGGUACCAAUACUAAAGGAAAGCUAUUUACCCCUCUGAAUGUAGAUGCCAUUGAAGAAAGUCCUUCAAAAGAGCCUAAGAAUGUUGUCUUGAAUAAUAAGGAGCGUUUUCGCACUGCAUUCCGAAUGAAAGCAUACGCUUUUUGGCAAAGCUCAGAAGAUGCAGGAACAGGGGAACCCAUGGCAGAAGACAGAGGUGACAGUAGUGAUUUCCCUAUGGAAGAUAUGAUCCCCACAUUCAAGACAGCCAUCCGAGCUGUCAGAAUACUACAGUUUCGUCUCUAUAAAAAAAAAUUCAAGGAGACUUUGAGGCCUUAUGAUGUAAAGGAUGUGAUAGAGCAAUACUCAGCAGGGCAUCUUGAUAUGCUUUCCAGAAUAAAAUACCUUCAGGCAAGAGUAGAUAUGAUUUUUACACCUGGACCUCCAUCUACUCCUAAGCAUAAGAAAUCCCAAAAGGGAGGAACUUUUUCUUACCCUUCACAACAGUCUCCCAGAAAUGAACCAUAUGUAGCCAAAGCAUCUACAGCCGACACUGAAGACCAAAGUAUGAUGGGAAAAUUUGUUAAAGUUGAGAGGCAGGUAAAUGACAUGGGGAAGAAACUGGAUUUUCUUGUUGAUAUGCAUAUGCAUCAUAUGGAACAGCUGCAGAUACAAGUUGCUGAGAUAAGUCCAUUGAAAGAAACCGCUUCUCCUGCAAGGGAGAGGAGAGAAGAAAACAAAUAUUCUGAAUUAAAAACAAUAAUAUAUAAAUACACUGAGCAGUGUUCUCGUGAAACUCCUUACAACUUCCAGCAGGUUCCAGUCAACAAAGUCAGCCCCUAUGGUUUCUCAGCACGGGGUCAUAUGGCUCACUCACAACCUUUAUCAAUAGGUGGGCAAAACUCUGGCAAACUGCAAGCCACACCUUCCUCAACUUCAUAUGCAGAAAGGCCAACAGUUUUGCCUAUAUUUACAUUAAUGGACUCCCAGGUGAGCUACCACUCCCACGGGGACCUUCAAAGCCCUUACUCAGACAAGGUGUCUCCGAGGCAGAGAAGGAGCCUGACGAGAGACAGCGAUACUCCAUUGUCCCUUCUCUCCGUCAACCACGAGGAACUCGAGCGCUCCCCGAGUGGCUUCAGCAUCUCCCAAGAGAGAGAUGACUUCCCCUUCGGCCCCAACGGCGGGUCGGCGUGGAUGAGAGAGAAACGCUACCUAGCAGAGGGGGAGACAGACACAGACACAGACCCCUUCACACCAAGUGGCUCCAUGCCUUUGUCCUCUACAGGAGAUGGGAUUUCAGAUUCAAUAUGGACCCCGUCAAACAAGCCAGUUUAAAAGUGCGUGUGGGGGCAGUCACUGGUUGACUUCUCCUUGUAAUGUAAGCAUACUUUGUAUAUCUCACUUACUCUACACCCAAAGCUUACUAGUUCAAAACACCAAUGGCUGCAUAAGAUGCAUGUGAUAUUAGUGGUAGUCAUUCUGCACCAUUUCAUACAAUUUACUAAUGCAGUUUUUUUCAUGCUACCAAAACUAAGGAGCUUAGUUUUGAGCAUGGUUUGCAUGACUUUGCCCUAUAUAAAUGGUACAGCUGAUUUCUUCCAUGAUACAUAUCUAUCUGGUACUCUUCAAUACAACAAUGGUGAAUUGAUAACAGACAAGAUACAGCGGUCCUUGCUACAUUUUGUAAACAGAGCAGCAAAAUAAAAACAUUUUCAGGAACAAUA